AUGAGAGCGUACCUCUGCGUGGCUGCCCUACUGCUGGGCAGCGCCCUGGCUGAGCCAGGUCACUUCGGCGGCGGAGGUUUCGGCGGCGGAGGCUUCGGAGGCGGUGGCUACGGCGGAGGCGGCUUCGGUGGCGGCGGCGGAGGCUACGGAGGUGGCGGCGGACACGGCCACGGCUGGUACGAGCCGCACCUCACCCUGGUGGUGAAGAAGGUGCACAAGCCCGUGCCGGUGCCCCACCACGUGCCCGUGCCCGUCCCCUACCCUGUGCACAAGUCCGUGCCCGUGUACAAGCAAGUGCCCGUGCCGAAGCCGGUGCCCGUGCCUCACAUCGUACACCAGUUCUACCCGGUGCCCAAAGUGAUUCACGUCCCCAAGCCCGUUCCCGUGCCGCACAAGGUCACCAUCCACAAGCCGUACCCUGUCCCGUACCCAGUCAAGGUGCCCAAGCCGUACGUGGUGCACGUGCCCAAGCCCUACAUCGUGCACAAGCCCUUCCCGGUCCCGGUGACGGUACACAUCCCCAAGCCGUACCCAGUCCACAUCCACAAGCACGUGCCGGUGCCCUUCACCAAGCACAUCCCCGUAGAGGUGCCCGUCGUCAAGGAACACCCCGUGAUCAUCAAGAAGCCCGUCCCCGUCGUCCUCGAGUCCAAGGGAUGGCACUAA